AUGCCUAUUUAUUCUUCACUCGAGCAUAUCAGGCGCACCUUUGAAGCGGGCGUAAGAACCGUGGAUGUUCAAGCUGUUGAGGGUAUGGUCGCUCAGUUCCCCUGUGACCUUGGCACAGCAGCAAACGACAAGGUCUACAUGGUCUUCUGGUUUAGAGACGAUGCUGGAAUACCAUUAUAUAGGUUUGAGCGAUUUAUUCGUAAUGCUCAACCACCGGAUGGAGGCCUAAGCGGCGCUUCCGGUUCUGAGCCGACGUCGGAAGUCAGCAAUUCUAGCAGCGAGUCCGGUUUCCGGCGGACCGUUUCAUCGGCUUAUCUGGAAAAAUCCCCGGAUCGUGAGUGUAAAGCUAAGUUAUUGGCGCAAAAACUCGAAGCGACUCGACCGUUCACCGCGCAAAUUGGACCCGCACGCCCGAUAUUGUAA